AUGGAGCAACCUGACAUUCAACUUCCACUAAGGGAAACAAAGCAAAGAGGAGUAGUGGAGUCCAAAGACUGCAUUGAUGACUUGACCAGUAACAAUACUAAUGCACUCCCACCCAACCACUUCUCAUUUCAGCACAAGCGGCGGGGGAGGCGCACCCAACGCCCUGGCCCUCGUACUCACCCGAAGGGUCGCGCGGGGCGUGGGGCGACUGCACACCGGAGUCGCGGUCUAGCACAGCCCUUGGCGCGCCGGCGGCCUCGCUGGGAAGCACGGCGAGACGGGCCGGCGGCGUCGCUGCCGCUGCUGCUGUCACGGAGCUAUAAAUACCGGCUCGGCCCACACCCGCCGCCGCCUACGCCGGGCACCCUCCGCGCCGGUGCUUCGCGGCGCCGCGCUCCAGCCGCAAAGUCCGCGGCCGCGGGCCGGGCAACACGAGCGCAAGGGUACCGGCGCCGCGCAGGUGACCGCGAUCAUGCCCGCUCUGUGCAACCCCUGAAGCUGGAGGCAUGGCCUCUCCCCGCCCCCGUCCUCUCGCUGGCUCCCCUCCCGCCGGCACCACGGGCUGACUUCAGCGGGCGGGCAGCUUGCGCCACGGGCCGAGCCUGCCCGGGCCGGGCCCGCCUCUGCAUAGCGGCAGCUGCAGGCGGGGAACGACUCAGGAACCUGGUGGGGGUUGGGGGACAGCUGACAGAAAAUCCACCAUCCUGCAGGGAACCAGUGAGGGUCCCACUGGAAUGUCCUCGAAGAGCUACAAACUUUCGAAACAAAUCUCAGGGCCCAUUUCCUGGAGCCAUAGUUGCCAACAUCUCAUGUCCUCUGGAGAGAACUAGAGCCGCCUGGAAGCGGCACUCACCUCAGGCCAAGUGAAGUCUGACACUGAAACUGAUACUUCUGCAUUCUACCCACAGAGAUAGAUUCCCUGCUAAUCACAAAUUAGCUGGACACUUGGGUCCCCCAGAAUGAAUCCUGGCAAGUUCCUCAAGCCUUAGUGAAAUCACUCUUCUUCAGGAGGAAGCAAUGCCAGCUUGUUUGACCAGAGAGCCUCCCUACCUCUGUGGAAGGCUGGAUUCUACAUCGGAAGUCGAUGGACAUAUUUGGUGAGAGGAAUUCAAGAAAAUGGUCCCUCCUUCCAGUAGUGAAUUUUCUCAUCUCUUUUGUUUACAUCACAAUAUUAGCUAAGGGAUUAACUAAUUAGCUAAUUAGCUAUUUUUUUAAAUAUCCGUGCUAGACAUCUACAAUUUUUAUUGCUUUCGUGCUGUGAGAUUCUAUAUAUGUGUUAAUGUAAGUAAUUUGUCAAACUAUUGUUAAAACUAUAAAGCUGGCAAAAAAUGUUCCUUAUCUACAGUAAAAAGGAAAACAAUAGGAAAUUAGCAUUUGAACUGAUAUGUAAAGUACUUCAAUUUAAUCACUAUCAGCACACAAAGUUUUCUUUAAUUACACUUACACAAUUUUGUUCUCCCUACUGUGAGAUGAUUUUCAGCCUUACCCAAAAGAACGUGGUUAUCCUUUUCUUGAUCAUCUCAUCAUUUAGCUUGAGUAAAUGUACAGUAGAACGGAAAGGAGGUAGAUUUUGGGAGUUAGGCCUGGGUUCAAAUUCUAGUUUGCUACCUUUUCUAUCUGUGAACUUGGGCAAGUUGUUUAACCUUUCUGAGAUACAUACGCUUUUCUUUCUUUAUAUAUAUAUAUAAUAUUUUGUACUUUAGGUUCUGGGGUACAUGUGCAGAACAUACAGGAUUGUUGCAUAGGUACAUACAUGGCAAUGUAGUUUGCUGCCUCCAUCCCUGCCCCCAUCACCUAUCUCUGGCAUUUCUCCUCAUGUUAUCCCUCCCCAACUCCCCACCCCGCGCUGUACCUCCCCUAGUUCCCCGCAACAGACCCCAGUGUGUGAUGCUCCCCACCCUGUGUCCAUGUGUUCUCAAUGUUCAACACCUGCCUAUGAGUGAGAACAUGCGGUGUUUGGUUUUCUGUUCUUGUGUCAGUUUGCUGAGAAUGAUGGUUUCCAGAUUCAUCCAUGUCGCUACAAAGGACACGAACUCAUCGUUCUUUAUGGCUGCAUAGUAUUCCAUGGUGUAUAUGUGCCACAUUUUCCCACUCCAGUCUAUCAUUGAGGGACAUUUGGGUUGGUUCCAGGUCUUUGCUAUUGUAAACAGUGUAAAGAAAAAAAACACAAUGAACAUAUGUGUGCAUAUGUCUUUAUAAUAGAACGAUUUGUAAUCCUUUGAAUAUAUACCCAGUAAUGGGAUUGCUGGGUGAAAUGGAAUUUCUAUUUCUAGGUCCUUGAGGAAUUACCACACUGUCUUCCAAAAUGAUUGAACUAAUUUACAUUCCCACCAACAGUGUAAAAGUGUUCCUAUUUUCCCACAUCCUCUCCAGUAUCUGUUGUCUCCCGAUUUUUUAAUGAUCACCAUUCUAACUGGCGUGGGAUGGUAUCUCAAUGUGGUUUUGAUUUGCAUUUCUCUAAUGAUCAGUGAUGACACAUACCCUUUUCUAACAUUUUUGGCUAACAAUAUAAAAUGUAUGGACUGCGGUGAGGAUUAAAUGAAAUAGUAUGAGUAAACAGAUCCUGCACAUCUUCUAUUACCUUCUAUUACCUUAGUACAACAGGUUUCAUUCCAGUGGAUAACAGGUCUAAUAAAUGUACUCAAAUUUUUAUAAUAAAAUUUAUAUAAAAAUGGUUCACCAAAAAUUAAUGGAAAAGUAUCAUCAUACUCUCUGGGUCCAUG